UUUGCGUUUUUCACCACUUGGGUGCAUAAAAAAUUUUAAGAAGGCGAGACAAGUUUGCUGCAAAUUUCAAAUUGGAUUGAAAAUUGCUCAUAAUAUUGAAGAGAGUGAAAUAAAAAGUUUUAUGAUUAAAAGAGUUAUGUUUUAAGACAUGAUUUGUGAUUGAUCUUAAAGGCAAGGAUCCUGACGGUGCAGUGAAGCUAUCAAUACCAAUAGAGUCAGCUUACGUCAGCACCUUCACGGGAGAAAAUAACAUGAAUAACGAUGCCACCUGCACGCCCUGGAAGUCUUAAAGAUCCGGAAAUAGCCGAUCUUUUUAACAAACAUGACCCUGAAAAAAUAUUUGAAGAUCUGCGUGAGAUUGGUCAUGGAUCAUUUGGCGCUGUUUAUUAUGCGCGAUGCAAUCUUACCAAAGAAAUCGUGGCCAUCAAAAAGAUGUCCUAUUUGGGCAAACAGAGCCUUGAAAAAUGGCAGGAUAUUCUUAAAGAAAUCAGAUUUCUACGUCAAUUGAAUCAUUCCAACACCAUCGAGUAUAAGGGCUGCUAUUUACGUGAAUCCACAGCGUGGCUAGUGAUGGAAUAUUGUGUCGGUUCGGCUUCUGAUAUUAUCGAAGUGCAUAAGAAGCCGUUACAUGAGAACGAAAUAGCUGCGAUUUGUGAUGGCGUUUUGAACGGUCUAAGUUACUUACAUAGCUUAGGGCGCAUACAUAGGGAUAUAAAGGCAGGGAAUAUCCUUCUCACGGAUAAUGGUAUUGUCAAAUUGGCUGAUUUUGGCAGUGCUGCCAUUAAGUGUCCAGCUAACAGUUUUGUCGGCACGCCGUACUGGAUGGCGCCAGAGGUAAUUCUGGCUAUGGAUGAAGGCCAGUAUGACGGUAAGGUAGAUGUGUGGUCAUUGGGUAUAACUUGCAUUGAACUCGCUGAAAGAAAACCUCCAUAUUUUAAUAUGAAUGCAAUGUCUGCGCUUUAUCACAUUGCACAAAACGAUUCUCCAACAUUAUCGAAAAACGAAUGGUCGGACACGUUUUGCAAUUUUGUUGAGUUGUGUCUUAAAAAAAUGCCAGCCGAGCGUCCGUCGUCUUCGAAACUUCUUAAGCAUGCAUUUUUGACGCAGCCACGUUCAGAUAUAGUUUUGUUGGAAUUGAUUGCACGGACAAAAGCGGCUGUGCGGGAAUUGGAUAAUUUGAACUACCGUAAAAUGAAGAAAAUCCUUAUGGUAGACACCUGCGAGACUGAGAGCGCCAUCGGGGAUACAGACGAUACACAAGACGAACAUGCCGGUGGCGAUAGCAGCAAGAGUAAUAGCAUUACUUCCGAACACUCUAUACAAUCAGUGGGUGUGUCUGCGGCCAGUAGUCAAAGCUCUUCGUCAAAUUCUAUUCCCACCGCCCAAAAUCAUAUAAUGACUCAACAGCAGCAUAUUGCUGUAAACUAUCAACAACAAGCGGUUGCAGCAGCGGCUGCGAGUGGUGCGGCUGCUCGAAAUUCAUCACGUCAGCGUAAUCUGCCACCAUUACCUAACAUAAUGCACAAUAUGAAUAAUAAUGUUACACCUACGAAUUCGACUUCGGUCGUCCCAGCACCUAUAAUGCCUGCUUCGGUUACAGUUCAUUCAGGAGGGGGAUCCCCUGCUGCAACAGCGAAUAUGGGCACUGGCAUGUUAUCUCAGGCUAUCGGUGUUGGUGUUGGUAGUGCUGGUGGCGCUGGAGAUCGUAUGCCACGCUAUUUGUCAUCACCCGCCGCUGCUGCAGCAGUAUAUGCCGCAUCGUCCCAGCAAGCCAUCUCAAAUGUCGUAAAUGAGCACGGACCGAAUAAUUUUGCAACUAUUCGCACUACCAGCAUUGUAACAAAGCAACAAAAAGAACACAUGCAGGAGGAAAUGCACGAGCAAAUGUCCGGCUAUAAACGCAUGCGUCGAGAGCAUCAGGCUGCGUUGGUGAAGCUUGAAGAGAAGUGUAAAUUAGAAAUGGAAGCUCACAAGGGCGCAUUAGACAAGGAAUACGAUAACCUACUACACAACUUUACAAGGGAACUGGAACGACUAGAGGCAAAACAUCAGCAGGAUUUGGAACGUCGGCAAAAGCAAACAGCUGCAGCUGAGAAGAAACUAUUUAAAGAAAUCUCGCUAAAACAGGAAAGUGACCGUAAAGCCUUCGAUUUGAAUCGCAAAAAAGAAUACAAAGCGAACAAGGAGCGUUGGAAACGUGAACUUUCCAUGGAUGAAUCGACACCUAAGCGACAGCGUGAUUUGACGUUGCAAUCGCAGAAAGACAACCUGAAGCAAGCCGAAGCGCAGGAAGAACAGCGUUUGCUCAGAGUGCAAAAGCAGUAUAUUGAAUUGGAGAUGAGAAAGUUCAAGAGAAGGCGUUUAAUAUCUCUCCACGAACUAGAAGAUCAGCUGCUGCGCGAUGAAUUGAGCAAAAAGCAGCACCAACUAGAACAAGCUCAUGCUAUGCUGCUGAAGCAUCAUGAAAAAACACAGGAACUCGAGUAUCGCCAGCAAAAAAGCGUACAUCAACUUCGUGAGGAGCAGAUAAAUACUCAGCACGACACGGAAUUGAAGAACCAAAAAGAUUAUAUGGAGCGAGUAAAGAAGGACCUUUUGCGAAAGCACGCGCUUGAAAUCAGACAACAUCCCAAAAGCUUAAAGCAAAAAGAAUUGCAAAUACGUAAGCAAUUCCGCGAAACGUGUAAAACGCAAACAAAACAAUACAAACGCUAUAAGGCACAAAUUCUCCAGACCACACCAAAGGAGCAACAAAAGGAAGUUAUAAAACAGUUGAAGGAAGAGAAGCAUAGAAAAUUAACACUUCUCGGCGAACAGUAUGAACAAAGUAUUGCUGACAUGUUUCAAAGUCAGAGUUACAAAUUGGAUGAAACCCAAGUAAUUGAGUGCCAUCGCACCAACGAACAGUUGGAGUACGAGCUUGAAGUGCUCACUGCCUAUCAAAAUAAAAACAAGAAACAAGCCCAGGAGCAACGUGACCGUGAGCGCAAAGAGUUGGAAAACCGCGUAAACGUGCGAAGAGGUUUGCUGGAGAGCAAGAUGAAUGCUGAGUUGCAGCAAUUCAAUCAAGAACGUGCUGAACGUUUGCGUAUCAAACAAGAAAAGCAUUCUAGAGAGCUGGAAGCUUUCGAUCACGAAUCCCUUGGAUUAGGUUUCAGCGCUUUAUCACUCAGCGAAGUGUCGCGCGAAACAUACCCUGAUGAGGAGGGUAGCUUAUCAGGGUCAAUGAUAAGUUUAGCGCAUAGUAAUAGCUCUACAAGUUUUCCGGCUGGCUCCCUAUAGCAUAGAAACAUAAAUAAGUGUAAUAAUGGCAAUUUUAAUAACACUAACGAAAUUUCAAUAACAAAGAAAAGAUUUCGCAAUUCUAGUGAUGAUGGUAAAAACCAAUUAAAAGACGACAUUGAAGUAAAUCGAUUAAAUCAGAUGUCGUUCUCUUCAAUGUAAAAAAUAAUAUAAAACUGAAAAACUCAAAAUUAAAAUCAUUAUUACAUUAAGGAAGACGCGAGUAUGCAAAAUACGCAUGUGAGUAAAAAUUAAAAAAAAAUUAUAAUAAUAAUAAUGAUUAACAAAAGUAAACAAAGAUGGAAGUCACUGGAGGUAAACAAUAACAUUAAUGCCUAUUACGGUAUCCGACGGAUGCCAUUCGCACGAAUCUAAUGCUUCGCUCUCGCUUGUUAUGACAGUGCGAAUCGGACUAGAUCCGUACGGAUGGCAUCCGUCGUAUACCGUAAUAGGCAUGAUUAACUCAAUAAUAAUAUUAGUAUGGCGGGGAGUUAUACUAAUAAUUAAGUAAACUAAUUAAAAUAAAGCUACAAUCGAAAAGUAAUAACAGCGACAGUAAAAUAAACGCAUACAUAAAAUAAAAUAAUCGAAAGUAGGGCGUUAAUUUUUUAUACAAUGCAGUAAAUAGCGCAUGAAAACGACGUACAUAUACAUACAUAUGUAUGUAUGCAGAUCAACUUAAAAAAUAUAACAAAAUUUUAUCAUGUGGUCGCAUUAAUGUUUCUCCACAUACGUACAUACAUACAUACACAUCAAUUGUAUGUACAUGCAGCUGGCGUUGAAAAUACAUUCUUUUCCACCCAUUUUGCCAGUUCAACUAGCUUUUGAAAAGAUUUUAUUAUUAAGCCAAUUUUAAAUUAAUUGAUGGUACGAAAGACGCAGUUUAAACUUUUCCCUGUGAUCAUAAAGGAAAAUCCGGCAUCUCGCUAUGAAUUUAGAAAAAAUUAAAAUGUAUGUAUAUAUGUAUAUAUCUACACCCCAUGUCAUAAUUAUAAGCGCACCACGUAUUGACAAGUUUAAACAAUUUAGCUUUUUGUUAUUGUUAUUUUAGUUAUUUUUUUAUAAAAUAGUUUAUUCUUUAA